AAAACCUAAAGAGCUAACUUUCUUGCGAUGUCCGUGACCAUGGGCGCUGACAUCUUGAAUUCAGAACGAGGCAACGUUCAUUUACACAACUUCCGCUUGAUCACAGUUUCUGGUGUUGAUUGCAUCAAAAUGGCUCGUGGUCAUCAGAAAAUUCAAUCACAACAGAAGAACAAGGAGAAGCAGGAGAAGAUGAAGAAGUCUCAGAGCCAUGAUCAAAAGAAAGCAGCACAAGCCGGUCUGAAAUUUGUCUGCACAGCAUGCAAGUCACAAAUGCCAGACCCUAAGACUUAUAAGCAGCACUUUGAAAAUAAACACCCCAAACUAGAUUUACCAGAUGAGUUGAAGGAAAUAUAAAUUAGAACACUGGAACAAUGUAUAUAACUAACAGUACUUCAUUGGGAACCAUGAUCUUUCAGUGAUGGGGGGAAAUUGUUUGCAAGACCAACUGCCAUUCUUGUGAAGAUAUUAAAAAAAUAUCGUACCUGACUUUUCCAUUUGCCUUUAUUCCUUCACGCUCUCUGUACAUUCUCUAUUUUCGUUGUGAAAUAAAAUCAAGUUUUAUCAUA